ACGUCGAAAAAAUAAUUUUGUGUAGUAAUAUUGAAAAAAUAGUAAUAAAAGUGAAGAAAUGUUCAAUUUCUCCUUGCUUUAAUGGAUAACAAUCUUUUUGUUCUAAGUUAUAGCUCUGGGAUGACAGAAUGAAUACUGUAUUUCUGUUUUCAUAUGUUCAUUUUAUUUAAGCAGAAAUGGUGAAUCUCCUAGCUCUGAGAAAUCUGAGACAAAUCCAAUCCACACGAACUUUUUGGGGUUGGCUUAACAUGAUCACCAACAAGGUGGAUGAUUCAAGAAUCAAAGAUGUUGGACCAGAUAGGGCAGCUGCAGAAUGGUUGCUCCGAUGUGGGGCAGGUGUAAGAUGGAAGGACAAAGAAGCAAUCCUCACAGAUUAUAAUAGUCUGCCUCCAGGAGGUUACAGAAGUCUUUACAUAGAAGAAAUUGAUGCCAGUGGAUCAUGCAUCAUGUCAGUUGGAUUCCCUCACUUUAGAGGACUUAAACACCUCAAGAAGCUAAUCCUCCAUAAAUGCAACUAUUUGGACAAUGAGGCUCUUCCUAUGCUUGCUGCAGUGAAAGAUUCAUUAGAAGAGCUCCAGCUUAGCAGCUGUGGUGAUAUUGAUGAUUCAGGAGUUAAAUCCUUGUCGUGCCUCACGAACUUAGGGCACCUGCUUCUUUAUGAUUUGCCUGAAGUUCGUAACAAAGAAGGUUGCGUGCAAUUCUUGCAUUCGGCUCUUCCUUGUUGUGAUAUCGAAUUCCCUUAUGCCAGCGCUAGUGAAACGAAAAAAGAUUGAACGUCAUAACUUGUAGGAAAAAUUA